UGUAGCAGAAGAGUCAGCAAAGGAUUUAUCUGCAAUCAGACAGGAGCUGCCUCCUCUGUUCCUCAGCUGUGCGCAAUUCAGCACCAUGGACAGUGCCUUCCUGAAACUGGACGCUGCCGAGUUCUUGGAGAUCUGGCAGCGCUUUGAUGCUGAUGACAAUGGUUACAUUGAAGGCAAAGAGCUGGAUGAAUUCUUUUGCCAUCUGCUUAAGAAACUGGGCGCAAAUGCAAUAACAGCUGAGAAGGUUCAGAGGGUGAAGGAUCGAUUUAUGUCUGCGUAUGACAUUACCACUGAUGGACGUCUACAAAUACAAGAGCUUGCAAACAUGAUUCUGCCUGAAGAUGAAAAUUUUCUGUUGCUGUUUCGCAGAGAAACUCCCUUGGAUAACAGCGUGGAGUUCAUGCGGAUUUGGAGGAAAUUUGAUGAGGAUUGCAGUGGAUUUAUCUCCGCCAUGGAGCUCAGGAAUUUCUUGCAAGAUCUGUUCUUAGAGCACAAGAAACAUUUUACAGGUGACAAAUUGGAUGAGUAUACAGACACCAUGAUGAAACUGUUCAACAAAAAUAAAGAUGGCCGGCUAGACCUGAAUGACUUGGCAAAGAUCCUGGCUCUACAAGAAAAUUUCCUUCUUCAGUUCAAAAUGGAUGCAAGUAGCCAAGAGGACAGAAAGAAAGACUUUGAAACCAUCUUUGCACACUAUGAUGUUAGUAAAACAGGAGAAUUAGAGGGCCCAGAAGUAGACGGAUUUGUCAAAGAUAUGAUGGAACUUGUGAAGCCAAGCAUCACUGGUGUUGACCUCGAUAAGUUCCGUCAGAUCCUAUUAAACCAUUGUGAUGUCAACAAGGAUGGGAAAAUCCAGAAGUCUGAACUGGCACUGUGCCUUGGUCUAAAAUCAAACCCAUGAUUGAACUUCAGGAUAUUAUACUCACUUCUUUUUCAUGUCAGGACAUAAUGGUUUAAAAGUAGCCAUGUUCUGCUAAUGAUUUGUGUCUCAGUGAUGAUUGAUGGAAGCAUAUAUAUUCAUAUGCAUGAAUAUUGCAGAAAUGUCUGGAACACGUGAUAAGCCAUUGAAGGGUCCAGAUAGUGUGUUUGUAAAAUGUAAAAUGUCAAGGCUGUUUUCCUUCUUAUAAAAUGCUUAGAAACAUAGAAACAUGAUUACAAAGUCAGGAACAAUGUUCUUAAUUAGUAAAUGUUGCAAAGCUUUUAGAGUACUGUGAUCAACUGUACCAAAAUAUUGAAGGUGCAUGUGUUAUGUUGCUGUCAAAUUUGCUUUCUUUGUGGAACAAUAAAAUGUCUGUUUUUACAAGAUAAA